AUAAACUACAACAACGGAUCUUAAAAUGGUCUGGCAUCACAUUUUUGAUUUCAUUCAUUUUCAGUCUAUACUUGCACCAGUAGGGGAAAAAAGAUAAUCGAAGAUGGCAAAAGGCCCUGGUCUCUACUCAGAUAUCGGCAAGAAGGCCAGAGAUCUUCUGUAUAGGGAUUUCCAGAGUGAUCAUAUGUUCGCUCUCACUACCAGCACUCAAAAUGGAAUGAUAAUCACUCCAUCAGCACUGAAAACAGGUGACUUGCUUCUGGCGGACUUGAGUACCCAGAUAAAGAGCAAAAAUGUUUUAACUGAUUUAAAAGUGGACACCGCCUCUAAUAUAAUGACAACCAUUACUAUUGAUGAACCUGCUCCUGGAAUCAAGUCAAUAUUCACUUUUGCAGUUCCUGAUCAAAGUUCUGGAAAGGUGGAACUCCAGUAUUUCCAUGAGAAUGCUGGAAUAAGUACCAGCAUUGGGCUGAAAGCUGUUCCAGUUAUCAGUUUUUCUGGUGUAGCCGGGGACGACAGACUUACACUUGGAACUGAUAUUUCAUUUGACACUGCCACGAGAAAAUUUGUCAAAUGCAAUGCCGGAUUAAAUUUCUCCUCAUCCGACCUCAUUGCUUCUUUGUCACUGAACGACAAAGGUGACACUCUCACCGGUUCCUACAUCCACACAGUAAGCCCAUUGACCAACACAGCUGCCGGGGCAGAAUUCAGCCAUUGCUUCUCAAGCAACGAAAACACUCUCACCAUUGGCACGCAGCAUGCAUUAGAUCCACUCACCACCGUGAAGGCCAAAGUGAACAACUAUGGAAAAGCAAGCGGUGCAAUCCAGCAUAUAUGGCGUCAAAAGGCCAUUGUUACAAUUUCAGGUGAAGUGGAUGUCAUGGCAAUUGACAAGAGUGCUAAAGUAGGACUCUGUUUGAUCCUGAUGCCAUGAAAUCGGUGCUGAGGUUUCACCUUAAUUCUUGUAUGGUGCAGAAAAAUAAGUAGCUUAAAUGGCAUUCAUAGUACAGGAUAAGUCAUCUGUCAAGAGAACUUUUGUUUUGUUAGUUUGAUGGCAUUGUGUUUUCAAGUACCUUGGCGUCAAUGUUAAUGAUAAAUUACAGUUGUAGGCAGGAGCCAGAUUCAU